AAGAAGAGCAGGAAGAAGAAGACAAACAUCACAGGGAAAAAGAAUAGUAGAUAGAAGGCAACUCGUAAAGCAGAUCUGUACUCUCAGGAUGUUUGAGGAGCGGUUCAUCAGCGGCUUUGAUAGAAACAUGCCGGUACGUUAGCACCAGUGCUAAAGAACUAAGGCUUUUGCCCCGGAAAGAGAGCCUCCUGUAGGAAGGUGUGUGCGUGUGUGUGUGUGUGUGUGUGUGUGAGUGUGUGUGUGAGAGAGUGUGUGUGAGAGAGUGUGUGUGAGAGAGAGUGUGUGAGAGAGAGCGUGUAUGUCAGCAUAUGCGUGUGUGUGGGUGUAAUCCUGGAUAGUGACGCAAAAGUGAUGGGUCCAAGGAGGAAGGCCUCUAAACUCCAGCCUGUAGUGGGCAGUGGUGAAGGGGAACUUGUCCUGAGACCAAGUGAGCCCAAAGACUACAUCAAUGAGCUGUCCCAUGAAGUCCUCUGUCAUAUAUUCAGGUACCUUCCCAUGAAGGAUAUCAUGUGUAUGGAAUGUCUGUCCAGAAAGCUUCGGGAAGCUGUAACUUUGUACCUACGAGUGGUCAAGGUAGUGGAUCUAUGUGCUGGGCGCUGGUGGGAGUAUAUGCCUUCAGGCUUCACAGACAAAAGCUUUCUGCUCCUGUUGAAGAAGAUGCCAGAUCUGGAGCAGCUAUAUGGCCUCCACCCUCGAUACUUGGAGAGGAGACGAGUCCGAGGCUACGAGGCUUUCAGUAUACCCGGAGUCUUGGAAGCACUACAAGCCUGUCCCAAUCUGCUGGGUGUGGAGACGUCCCAUCUGGAGCUGGUGGAAGCCAUAUGGAACUACAUGCCCCAGGUUCAUAUACUGGGAAAGUUCCGCAACCGUAAUGGGGCUUUUCCCAUUCCUGCUGAAAACAAACUGACCAUCCCCAUAACUGCAAAGAUUCAGACCCUACAUCUAGUGGGUGUGAAUGUCCCAGAGAUCCCCUGUGUGUCCAUGCUGCGCCAUCUUUACCUGAAGUGGGUCCGUCUCACCAAACCACAGCCAUUUAAGGACUUUCUAUGUGUGAGCCUGAGAACCUUUGUCAUGCGGAAUUGUGCAGGGCCAACCAACUCCCUGAAAUAUGUUCCCCUGGUUACUGGUUUGGCAUCAGCCCGGAACCUGGAGCAGCUGGACUUGGUGAGAGUUCCUUUCCUGGGAGGUCUGAUCCAACAUGUGGUAGAAGACAGCUGGAGGUCAGGGGGAUUUCGGAACCUCCACACCAUUGUGUUUGGAGCCUGUAAGAAUGCUCUGGAAGUUGACCUGGGCUACCUCAUCAUCACUGCUGCUCGCAGGCUUCAUGAGCUCCGUAUCCAGCCUUCACUGACUAAAGAUGGAGUUUUCUCAGCUCUCAAAAUGGCUGAACUAGAGUUUCCUCAGUUCGAGACACUUCAUCUGGGAUAUGUGGAUGAGUUCCUGCUGCAAUGUAAAAUGAGUCAUUCGGAGAUGGUGAAGUAUGGUCUGGCUGACGUCAUUGAAAACCCAGGCAUCAUCACUGACAUUGGUGUAAAGGUGGUGAACGAGGUGUUUACCAAUAUUAAGUACCUGCUCAUCUACAACUGUCCUCAUCUGCAUAACCCUUACCACUGGAUCACAGAUCAGUCCAGAUGGAGUCGUCUUGUUGAUCUCACUCUGGUUCGCUGUCAUGCUAUCAAACUGGAAUCCUUCUCCCAGUUUGUAGAGCUACUGCCCAGCCUGGAGUUCAUUUGUCUGGACCAGAUGUUCAGAGAACCACCAAAGGGCUGUGCCAGGGUCGGCCUGAGUGCAGGAACUGGUAUUGGCGUGUCGUCAGCACUUGUCAGCAACCAGAACUCCAACAAUGACAAUGACAACAACAACCACCACCAUCACCACCAUAAUAAUGAGGCCAACCUGCCUCCUGCUCCUCCACCUGUCAACAACAACAUCAACAACAACAAUCAAAGACAGCCGCAGCAACAGCAGCAACACAAUGCACCAGUGGAAGUAAAUGGGAUGGAAGAUGAAGUGGAAGAAGAAGAAGAGGAAGAGGAGGUGAUGUUGGAGGAGGAAAACAUUGAGCCUGAGCCUCAAAUAGAGCUGAAAGGAGCAGAAGGGGAGGUGAGAGGUAAAGAAGCAGACGUGACCCCAGGACCCAGUCGUCCAGCUGGAACACCACAACCUCCUGAUGAGGAGCAAGCAGGUCCCAGUGGUUUAGUGCAGCAGGGUAGACCAGCUGGUGCCACUAUUCCAAAGCACCCACUGGUCAUCUCAGACUCUGACAGUGAGGAAGAGGAAGGCCUUGUUUCAAGGCUAAUGCCAGCUUCCUGCUUGCAGCAGCCAGCUUCCUUUACAGAAGGUAAAGGAAAGACUCCUCUGAGGCGGAGCAACAAUGUGGCUGUCUCUGUAGAUCAGACAAAGACUCAGGUGUUAGAAAGCAGCUGUGAGAAAAGCUGUCAGGUGAGCAGUGAACAGAUCAAGGCAGACAUGAAGGCUGCUGCUGAGAACAGCAGGAGGACUGGUAGUAAAGGAAUUACUACUGCUACAGUUGAGACUACUGCAAGACCUGGGGCUGACAGUGGGGCAGUACGGGACACUGUGGAAACCACGAGGGCAGGAGUUAGGUCAGGGAUUGGAUCUGUUGGCAGGGAUGGACCUGGAGCCACCACAUCCAGACAGGUAGGUGGCUGUGGAAGGAGGAUUGUAGGAACCACCAACAGAGCAAUCACAACCACUGACAGAACUACAGGAACUGCCAGGACUAAUGACAGUACAGACGGCCCCCCUGGAGCACAAACGGGGGACGGUCACUUAAGGGAGACUGGAGUGAGGCAUAGAACUGGUCCUCCCUGUGUGGAAAGUCUGGAGCCCAGAGGUGCAUCUGUAAGCCAUGCUUCAAGGAGACCUGCGCUGCUGACUGGACAGGGAGAGAGACAACCUGCCCCUGCUGGAUCUGCCUCUGCUAUUAGUUUAGGUUCACAGCAGGGCCAGGCCAUGCACGAGGGCUUUGUCCCGAGACGACCUUUGACCAGAUCUUGCACUCGUAUGUCCUCUGUGUCCCUGAUACCUGAGACAGAUCUUUCAAGAGCCAGGCCUCGAGUAGCAGUGAAGAGGAAGCGAAUGGUUGACAAAUCAACCAGCACAUCAGACCCAGUCACUGAGGAUGACCACAUACAGAUUUUGUCUCUGAAGAGUAAGAACCUGGUGGGCAUCACUCUGACCAACUGUGGAAUCACUGACCUUGUCCUCAAAGACUGCCCCAAGAUGAUGUUCAUUCAUGCCACCAGGUGUCGAGUGUUGAAGCAGCUUCGUGUAGAAUGUGCGCCCAUAGUGAACCGGUUCGACUAUGCCCAGUGUAAGAAGCUGGACAUGGAGCAGGUCCUGGAUCAGAUACUGAGAAUGCCUCCUGAGAGGAAUCGCAUCAUCUACAUGCGCCCCAUGCACCAGAUUGAUUCGGUAGCACUGGAGCGUCAGCUCUUCCAGGGGCCCUAUCCCUAUCACAUCGCCAUAGUGCACGAGUUCAGCAACCCUCCCAAUAUACGCAACAAGGUUCGCAUUCGCAGCUGGAUGGACACCAUAGCCAACAUCAGCCAAGAGUUGAUCAAGUAUGAGUUCUUCCCAGAGGCCACCAGGACAGAAGAGGAUGUGAAGAAGUAUCCCAAAUACCCCUGGGGGCGGGACAUCUAUACAUUGGAGGGAGUGGUGGACGGCGCCCCCUACAGCAUGAUAACAGACUUCCCCUGGCUCAGGACCCUGAGAGCAGCUGAUCCCAACAGCUACGCCCGCUAUGACUUUGAGGACGAUGAAAGCACCACCAUCUACGCACCCAGGCGUAAAGGCCAGCUGUCGGCAGACAUCUGCAUGGAAACGAUUGGGGAGGAGAUCUCAGAACGGCGGCAGAGCAAAAGAGGAGUGUUUCAGAGAGUCGUGGUCCUUUUCCUCCAUCACUGUGAUACACCAGGAGAACCUGUGGAUGAUGACUACAUCUAGACAUUCCUCUGUUCAUCACAUCAAGACAACUGAAAACACUUUUUAUGGUUUAAUUUGAAGAGGAGACUUAGAGAUGUGUAAUCUGUUUGGAUGAGGGUCAUGACAUCCUGUAUAUGUGAUGCUGGUUAUCGUAUUAUUAGUGCAAAAUCCUAAAAUGUGUAUGAGCACCCUAAAAAACAUUAAUUCUUAAAUAAAAGCAGAGUCAAAAAAACAACAUAAUUAAGACGGUGGAAAUUAUGACUCAAAUGCAAAAUUCAGCAUGAGGUACAUUUUCAUUUAGUGAAUAAAAACAUUUGCUUCCAACAUGAGGGGGUAAGGCAUAAAUCCCCUCCUCUGGUAUCGACCAGUUCCUAAUAAUGGCCAUGACUGCUUGUCUGCACAGCUAGUGUUUCUCACCCUUCCACUGCUAGUCUGCCUACCUCACAAAUAUGCAGCCCACAUUCUCGCUCAGCCAGCCUGACCUGGACACAAAUCAGAACACUUCCAAGCAAAUAUGUGUCCUACAUUGUUUGUCAUGUUAAGAUGCUGUAGCUGCUACUGACUAAGCAGAAAACAGGAGCUGAAAAACUAUCAAACAUAAACUUUAUUGCAGUUGAUUUUCUUCUGAUCUUUCCCAAAGACCAAACAACACAUCUGAAGCUACUCUGCCACCUCUCUAUCAUCAUCAUCAUCAUCAUCAUCAUCAUCAUUAUCAACUGGAAUGUCCCUAUGUCUCAGAGAGAAAAAAAAAAUCUCUGUCCGAGUCUGAAUUGAAUGAAUGCAGUAUUCUGACAACCCAAACCACCCUCUACUUUUUCCUCUACUUUCUUGGCUUCUAAACAAUUUCAUUGGACAUAUACAGGUGCAUCUCAAUAAAUUAGAAUAUGAUAGGAACGUUUAUGUCAGUAAUUCAAUUCAAGAAGUGGAAAUAACAUAUAUAGAUCCAUUACACACAGAUUUAAACAUUUCAUGUCUUCAUUUAUUUAAUCUCUUCUAAGUAUAAUGAUUAUGGCUUACAUUUGAUGAAGACCUAAAAUUCAGUGUCUCAAAAAAAUUGUUUAAAAAAAAAGUGUUUAAUAUGGAUAUGUUGGCCUCUGAAAAGUAUGUCCAUCUAUAUGACUCAAUAUAGUAUAUUGGGGCUAUUUCACUUGAACUACUGGAAAUGAACUUUUCCAUCAUACUCUAAUUUAUUGAAAUGCACCUGUAUAUGGACAGCUCUUGGGCUAUAUAACAGUGGAUAGAACCGAUUGUUCAGGAUAUUGAUAUUCCUCAAAUAUGGGAAAGGUGUUUGGGUAGAUGGUAGGAAGAUGAGCAACUUUAUUUUGAACUAAAGGUGAAUGUUGACUCUUGAAUCUGAAAAUGAUUUUUUACAGGAUAAAUGGACUGACUCGUGUGUCCAGCCUUAUGUUUGUGUAUUGUCAGAUGGAUGAUGAUAUGCUUCCAUGGUAUUUAUAAUGUUUAUAACAAAAGGACAAGACUAUUUCACAUUGAAAAAUAAAAUAAUGUAAAUUCA